AUGACGGCGUCUAUGACAAUUCGAAGCGGUGGCUCUCAUCAAGACGGGCCCGGUACAAAGCAUGUCGAUUGCGAGUUGCGUUUGGAUAAUCCUAAAGAUUGGGGAGCGGAGUGGGAUCGUCAGGCCUAUUUGAUCAAACGCAGUAUCGAGUAUCUCGAGAACCGAGCAACCCAGGGACUUGACAGCACGUUUGCAACGGGUAUGAUCUACAAGGUCUUUUCCUCGCUAGUCGACUAUCAACAAGAUGGCUUCAAAGGACUACGAGAAGUCGUUUUGCACAGUGAAGAGCUCGAGGGCACAGCCAAGGUCCGAUUUCGCGGCUCUCGUGGAGGCUUCUACUGCAACCCAAUGUGGAUUGCCAGUUGCGGCCAGACGAUUGGAUUUCUCAUGAACUGCCACCAGACCACACCGCGUGAUUAA